AUUCCCUUUAUAAACUUCGUUUUAAAACCCUAAUAAACCAUACCGCUUUUCAGCUGCCUCUAUUCACUCUUCCUUAAUUUCGCAAAAAUGGUUCUUCCAAAUGAUGUCGACUUGUUGAACCCUUCAGCCGAGCAUGAGAAGAGAAAGCACAAGCUCAAACGUUUGGUUCAAUCUCCUGACUCUUUCUUCAUGGACGUCAAGUGCCAGGGUUGCUUUAACAUAACGACGGUGUUCAGUCACUCGCAGACAGUGGUGGUAUGCGGGAACUGCCAGACAGUGUUGUGCCAGCCGACUGGUGGGCGUGCAAGACUCACUGAAGGUUGUUCUUUCAGGAGAAAGGGAGACUAAGUGCUUUUAGAGUUGAAGUGAAAGUGAAAAGUUUAUAUGGGAAACAAAGUCAGUUUUGGUGUAUCCUGUUUUUGUUUAUGAUCUCUUAAGAACAAGGAUUUUGAGUCUUCAAUGGCUGAUGAUGUUUUGUUUUCAAUUAAAUUGGGUUUCACGCUUGGAUUUUGAAUUUUGCUAUAUAUUAGUUGUUCUAUGUGGUGAUUCCUGAAA